CUCCCUAUCCCAUCCCUUCACCUUGGUGUAAUCCUUCUCACUCUUUUACCGUCUCUCAUUUAACAACAAUUCAAAUCUUUGGACAACAACCAGCAAGGGAAGAAAACGAUUCAUUCUUUCUGAAUUGCUCAACUGCUGCUUAUCAACGACGAUCAUCAGCGUUUGACCGGUGCUCCGCCGCCCGCUCGAAUCGGGUUCAUCAUUGGUGGUCUCACAACCGUGACAAGCCCUUGGCCAGCUCACUUACUUUCUUCUCUCACCUUCCGCGCCUCUCCCGCCCACAUCGCACGAAAGGUCACUCGCACCCCUCCCUCCCCUCCCACAGACGACCAUGACCAUCCUUCCCCUCGCCCUCCUCUUCCUUCUCCCCCUUGCCUUCGCACAGCGAACAACCUCCAACCCCCUCGCAGCCACUUCCACCUCUCCCGCAGGAGCAGCCGCUUCAGCAACAGCACUCAACGAACCCCCCGACGGUCAACUGUAUUUCGGUCUCUGGCUUGACACUUCCGUCACUUCAGGCGACAGCCCGCUCGCUGCCAACGCCCGUGUAGGCAGGAAUAUAUCCUGGUUCCAAUUCUCACAGAACAUCCCUGUCGAUCAAUAUAACGAUGUUACCGGUGUUGGAGGGAUCAUCAAUGCGACAAAGGUGACAGAGACAGACACGGACGCGGGGAUUUACGUCACCGUCUAUCCGCUGAAUGGGCUUGCAGCCGUAACGGUCCAGGAUAUGGCUGCUCUCGGUAUUCAACUCCAAUCUUACAUUGCAGCAGGGCAUGCCGUCUGCCUUCGUUUCGCACCCGAGAUGAACGGCAACUGGUUCCCCUACGCGACCCAACCGACAUUGUUCAAGUCCACUUGGAUAACGCUCUACAACACCGUCAAGCAGUCCUGCCCGUCCUGUGCAUUUGUUUGGUCACCGAACGCCGCUGUCGGCUAUCCCUACGGCAUCACACUUGACUCGGUCGCCUCUGCUGCCGACCAGGCUGCGUUAGACACGAACAAUGAUGGCCAACUGGACAACACCGACGACGCGUACGCGGCAUACUAUCCUGGUGACGCGUACGUAGACUGGAACGGCGUGUCAUACUACUACAAGGGUAACUACCCCAAUGACUACAACGUCAUUCAGCCCCAGGGCUUCUUCGAGGGCUCAAUGAAUGGUGUGUUACCCGAGGUGGACGAAAUCGGACAGCAAAGGACACAGUAUACGCCGUUUUACAAUGCCUACUGUAUGAAACACCCGUGCAUGCUUUCAGAAUCUGGCGCAUCCUGGAAAGUUAACCAAACCGGCAUUCCUGAUUGGCUCACCGUUUCCCCGACACAAGAACAAGUCGAAGGUGCCUGGUGGCGAGACGGUAUCACGAAUAUUACGUUCUUGUCCACCUACCCCCGGCUGAAGAUGAUCAUGAACUUCGAGUGGGAGAAGGUCGAAACAGACGGAGGCAUCCCCACCCUGCGUGACUUUAGGCUGACGAACGCUACCGAUGUCCUUGCCGCUUUCGUCGCCGACCUCGAAGGUGUCGCACAACGCUACCUCUGGGCGAGCUACGUCGCUCCUCCACCAUCAGGCUCUGGUGGAGGGGGAGGCUCGAACCCUCUUCCCCAAGUACCCAUGCCACAGGCCAGCGUCACCCGCGCGACACCGUACCGGGCGACAACGCCCACCGUUCUGAGCCUAUUUUACAGUGCUGCCCAGGGAUGGGAGGAGAUGCGCCCAUACGUGUUCACCGUUGCUGCCGUAACAGCUGGGCUGGCAGCGGGUGUAGGGCUCGUUCUAUAAUGUUUGCGGACUGCUUGCUUUCGAGUUCUUCGAUUUGUUGUCAUUUUCAACUCUUGCACGUGCAUCGUUUCCCUUUCCGCAUUGCACUAUUCCCAUUUUUAUCCUUCGCGUGGUCACAAGACGAACUCUAAGUAUAUCCCUUCUACCGUUCAGUACAGUACACUAGUACUUCCUUGCCUUUUCCUCUGCUCUGUCUUGGACUGCUUGCCGCGAUCUGCCGGCUUGAGGUGGCUUGUGUAAACGCUGUGAAGAUUAGGCAUGUGAUACAGGUAUACCAAUGAGAGACUGUUGAU